UGUCCCUUUCGGUCCUGAGAAGGGUCUCGGCCCGAAAUGUCGACAGUUUAUUCAUUUCCACAGACGCUGCCUGACCCGCUGAGAUCCUCCGGCCUCUGGUGUGAGUGUGUGCGCGUGUGAGUGUGUGAGUGUGUGUGUGUGAGUGUGUGCGCGUGUGAGUGUGUGUGUGUGUGUGUGUGUGUGUGUGUGUGUGUGUGUGAGUGUGUGUGUGUAUUUCCGGCGUCAGGUGCUUAAAAUUUCCAGCAGCGACUGACACCAGGUUCUGUCUUGCAACUUUCUCCGGCAAGAGGAAGCAGCGGCGGCGGGCGCGUUCGCCGCUCCCGUCGGGCAGCCGGUAUCCGAAGCCUGAGGUCGGGCGCCACGGCUCGGGGGCGUCCCAGAGUUCGGAGUUCGAUUCCGGGGCCGGCCGUAAGAAGUCUCGGUCCCGUCCCGGCUGCCGCGCCUGCGCAGAGGGCGGCUGUCUGUCAAGAAAAGUUUUCCCGGGAGUGGCGGACGGGCGGAGAGACCCUGCGGCACCCUCGCGGAGCAGCCGCCGUCCGAGGGCACAGCAAGAGUCCAGGAGCUACAGUAUGCAGGACGACCCGGUGUAUGAUGCCCCGAACACCCCGACCGGCCGGCAGCCGCCCCACAAGUGCUCCCUCACCAAGGUCAGCAUCUUGGAUCGUCUCAUCUUCACCCACUCAGUGUGGCUGCAGCUGAGCAUGAACUCAGCGACGGCCCUCCACAUCCUGCAGCGGGAGCAGCCCGGAAUAUUCCUGGUGCGCAAGUCGGCCACCUCCCAGCGGAAGGUGCUGUCGAUCCGCGUGCCCGACGACAGUGACCCCUCCUUCGUCCAGGACUUCCCCAUCCUCGAGGAGUCUGACAGUACUGCCUUCUCCCUGGAGGGCUCGUCCGUCACCUUUGAGGACCUCUUCCACCUCAUCUCCUUCUACUGCGUCAGCAGGGAUAUCCUUCCAUUCACUCUAAAGCUCCCCCAGGCCAUCGCGAGCGCGCGGUCCCACAAGAAACUGAAGACAAUUUCACACCUGGGGAUAGAGUUCUGGAACUCAGCCCUGAACGUACGGGACACCCCACCGGCCGACCCCCCGGAGGACCUGGGCCACGGGGCCUGGCCCCAGGAGCUGGGCAGCCCGGGGUGGCCGGAGCCGCCGCUGCGGUCGGGGCCCCUGCAGACCCGCUGCCCGACCGAGGUGUGCCUGACCGGCCCGGGCGGCGCCCUGGCCUUCCUCAACCCGCUGUUCGAGGCGCAGGAGUCGUGCGCCGGCCGCCGGGGCCAGUUCAAGCGCAGCUUCAAAGUGCGGGUCUCCACCGAGACCUCCAGCCCCCUGUCGCCGCCCUCGCAGCCUCCCCCGCCCAUCCCGGCGUCCGCCGGCGCCCGCUGCCCGCAGCCCAGCUGGGCCCCGUCCUCCGACAGCGACGAGGCCCCCCACACCCCGCCCCGGCCUCCCGUGGCGCCGCCCCGCCUGAAGAAGAAGUUGCGGGCGGCCGCCGCCGGGGUCGGGGUGGGGACGGGGGCCGGAGGCUUUGGGGCAGAGGGGAGAGGGGAUGCGGUGCGAGGCCGUGGAGGAGGGGAGGGAAGGAGGGGAGAGAUAGGGGAAGGUGGUGGUGGAGUCGCGGUGGAGGGAGGAGGGGGUGUGAGAGUAGGUGGAGGGCGUGAGGGGGGAGGAGGAGGAGAAGGGAGGGUAGUUGGAGAAGAGCUACUAGGAGCAGACCUUGCGGGUUAUCAGGUGCCAGCCCCCUCCCCUGAACUCUCCCCUGUCCGCUCCUUUGCAGGCCCCUCCCUUGGCCGCUCCUGUGCCCCUUCUCCUGACCCCACCUCCGCCAACUCCCCUCAUCGCGCCUCCUUCUCUGCCCCCUCCUCGCCUGACCCCUCCUCCAGUCCCACCUCUGCCCCCUGCCCCGACCCCUCCUCUGCCCUGCUCUCCUGUCCCUCCUCUUCCUCCUCCGACCCCACCCCUGGUCCCUCCUCGGCCGCCUCCUCCGCCCCCUCCUCACCCCUCCACUCGGCCCACCACAGGGGCCUGGCGCUGACCCUGAUUCACCCCCAGCUCAGCGAGCAGUCCUGCAGCUCGGAGGACGAGGGUCUGGGGCAGCUGCUCGGAGACCACCCUCCCCUCCUGCAGCACCUGCCCUCGCAGUCCCUCAGCAGCCUGGAGGGGGAGGAGGACGAGGAGGAGGAACAGGACCCGGACGACCGCCAGCGACCGCCCUCCUGGACGCAGACCACCCUGCGGGGGGUGGGCUGGAUGAUGAGGGGGCCCCUCCGCAAGGUGCUGAGCUCCCUGGGCAGGCCCGAGAGGAGGCUGGUGAGGGCGGUGGAGGAGCGUUCGAGGGACGGGGGCACCUACUUCGGCGGGCUGGUCCAGGACUACCUGUGCCUGGUGCGAGAGGGCCGGGCGGGCCACACCUCGGGCACCGAACUGCUUCAGUCCGUCCGCCAGUUCAUGAGCCACAUGAAGGCGUUGCUGGUGGACAGCUCCGAGCUCGAUUCCGCACACGAGGCGCUGGUGGAAGAGGCGGAGAGAGAUCGACUGCUGGAGUCGGCCAUGCACAAGUGCGUUCUGAAGCCCCUGAAGCCGUCGCUGUACAGCAGCCUGCGCCAGUUCCACGCGGCGGACGGGUCCCUGGAGCAGCUGAGGGAUAACCUGCGUCGGGUGCGGAAGGGGGGUCCCCAGGGGAUGGGAGUCCGGGCCAGCCUGCCCGACCUGGGGACCCUGGAGAAGAUCAGGCUGAAGUUCGGGCUGAUGCAGAAGACGUACUCGCCCGUAAAGAAGGUUUACCUCCUGCUCCACGUCUGUAAACUCAUUUAUGAGCGGCUACGGACACCCCAGGGUGAACCGUGCGGGGCGGACGAGUUCCUACCGGCGCUCUCCUACGUGGUGGCGCAGUGCGACCUGCCGGAUCUGGCCCUGGAGCUGGAGUACAUGAUGGAGCUUCUCGACCAGUCCGAGCUGAUGGGAGAAGGUGGAUACUAUCUCAUUAGCUUCUACACCAGUAUGUUCGAGCUGCAGAAUUAUCACCUCAAUCAACCCAUGGUGGGGAUGAGCAGGGAGAUCAGGCACUCCCUGAAACGGUGGCACAAGCGAAGGCAAACAUGCGAACCCCUGCCCUCCAUCAGCGACUUCCAGAACUUCCUCCGGGUGGCCUACGAGGACCCCAACCAUGGCUGCACGGCCAAGACGCUGGUGGUGCGGCCUACGGACACGGUGGCCGACCUGUGCUGUCUCUGCGCCAAGAAGUUCAACGUGUCCGAGCCCGCAGCUCACGGCCUGUACCUGGUGGAGGACGACAGCUGCCGGCCCCUGCCCUCAGACUCACACCCCCAGCUCAUCAAAGCCGAGCUGAGGACCCAGGAGGGCCCCGGUCACCAAUACUGCUUUGUCUAUGGCCGCGUCCAGCAGAGAUCGCCUGCCCGGGCCCAUCGCCAGCUCCGGCGGGACAACGCCUUUGACCUGGAGGAUGUCCCACCGCUCUAACACGUGAAUCAGGGUUCCCAGCAAGCCUGCCAUGGGGAAGGACGACAGGGCCUACCUGUCGCCAUGGCGACGGGUAGGCCCGUUGAAGCCUGGAGCUGGAUUUGAAAAGGUUUGGGUUUCUUUUUUGAGGAUCCGGCUCCUGUUGCCGAUGGAUUAUACUUUAGGAGGAGGGGGUCGGGAAUGUGAAUUGGAGUGGUUCAGGGUGAAGCUCAUGGUGAUAUGUACAGGUGCAAUGAAAAACGUACUUUGCAGCAACAUCUCAAACAAAUAGCAUCAGAUGCACAGAAUUCGCAAGAAAAAUAUCAAGUACGCACAAUUUUUACAAGGAAGAACACAACUGGAACAAAGAAACCAAAGUCUAUUGUAGAUACUACUGAUGUUGGGAAGGGAAGUACUUGCGACAUAUUGGACAGAGUCAGCUAUUUUGUGCAUCUUCUUAUGUUCCUGUGCCUUACCAUAGCACGAUGGAUCCAGUCUGGAUGCCUUCAACUGUAUGUAUAUCUAUAAGUUCAAGCGUUCGGUGACAAGCCACUCCUCUUCAACUUUGUAAGAAAGUAAGGGAGCUGGUGCACUGGUUUUUUAUAUCGGAGACACUUGGCCCCUGGUUCUGGGUCACUGGGACUGCAACUGGCCCUUGUCCCAUUGCUCCUUGUCCUCCGGCCUUAGAGAUGCUGGGGAGGUGGGGUUCAAGGCACGCUAUUGCCGAAUAUCUAGCUACAGCUGGUGGGACGAACACAAUGAGGACACACUUGGGGAAGGGAGUUAUUUCCCAGGGCGGGUUGAGGUCGUCACUUCCGGUACACCCUCCCAUCUCAGGCCAGGCUGCCCCGAUGGGGGUGGUGUCGGUUGGUGAGGAGGGGAAGAUGCCGGGGGGGGGGAAGAUUCAGAGCCUUUUCGUGCGUUCUCCUCAACCCCAUCUGCCUUCUGCUCUUCCCUGCCCCCGCCCUGCCCCACAUCACCCACCAAACCCCUGCCCGGCUCCAAUACCUCCCUCAUGGUUCCGCCUCCUUCUACUACCCAUUGUGUUUUCCCCUAUUCCUUCUUCACCUUUCCUGCCUAUUCCCUCCCUGCUUCCUCUCCCCCCACCCCUUUAUCUUUCCCCUUUCUGGUUCUUCACCUGGAACCUAUCAGCCUUCUCCUUCCCACCCUCCCCCCACCUUCUUUAUAGGACCCCUGCCCCUUCCCUCUUCAGUCCUGACGAAGGGUUCCAGCCCGAAACGUUGACUGAUCAUUUCCACAGGUGCUGCCCGACCUGCCGAGUUCCUCCAGCGUGUUCUGAGUGUUGCUUUGACCCCAGCGUCUGCAGAGUAUUUUGUGUUUCCGAUACUUCGUGCCUGCUGGGGUGCGAAUGAAUCCUACAACUUGAAUUCUCUAGGAAGUUCUUAACUCCUUUGUCCUCCACACCUAUGUAUGUCUGUGAGAUUUUGCGUGUCUGUGUUUUGCUAUUUUCCUGUGGUUUUUGACACCCAGUGGUCACUGUAUUAGGUACACCUGCUCGUUAAUGCAAAUAUCUAAUCAGCCAAUCACGUGGCAGCAAUUCGGUGCAUAAAAGCAUGCGGACACGGUCAAGAGGUUCAGUUGUUGUUCAGACCAAACGUCAGAAAAGGGGAGGAAGUGUGAUCAAAGUGACUUUGACUCUGAUUGUUGGUGCCAGAUGGGGUGGUUUGAGUAUCUCAGAAUCUGCUGAUCUCCUGGGAUUUUCACGCAUAACACUGUCUGGAGUUUACAGAGGGUGGUGCGAGAAACAAAAAAAAAUCCAGUGAGCGCAGGUCGGUGGGUGAAACCGCCUCGUUAAUGAGAGAGGUCAGCAGAGACCGGCCAAGCUGUCAGGAAGGCGACAGUAACUCAAAUAACCAACAGCGGUGUGCAGAAGAGCAUCUCUGAACACACAACACGUCCAGCCUCGAGGUGGAUGGGCUGCAGAAACAAAAGACCACAAGGACACACACUCAGUGGCCACUUUAUUGGGUGGAGUAGGUACCUAUUAAAUUGGCUGCUGAGUGCAGGCCAAACAAGGAAAAAAUCUGCCGGUGCUGGAAAUCCGAGCAACACACACAAAAUGCUGGAGGAGCUCAGCAGGCCAGGUAGCAUCUGUGGAAAACAGUGCAGUCGACGUUUCGGGCCGAGACCCUUCGGCAGGACGGGAUGUCUUUGGACUGUGGGAGGUAACUGGAGCACCCAGAGGGGGAGUGUCUCUGUUUUUCUACGUCUGUGUCUCUCUCUGUCUAUGUGUCUCUGUUUCCCUUUGUCUGUGUCCGUGUUUUUCUAUGUCUCUCUCUCUCAGUCUGUUUUUCACGUCUGUGUCUCUGUCUGUUUUUCUGUCCAUCUCUCUUUGUCUCUCUCUGUCUGUGUCUGUGUGUCCGUGUUUCUCUAUUGUCCGUUUUGCCGAAUCUGCCUGCCUGUGUCUUUCUCUGUGUACUUGCCCCGUUGUUAAGGCAAACUCCUAUUCUCCGUGUGUGGAUUUGUCUGGGUAAAGCGCCCCGAUCUGCAUGGUAUGUACGUUUGUGGGUGAACUUUUCCACUUCCCUGUGCUUUCUGCACAUUUUUCUGAGUGCCAGUCUUCUGGAGAUAAGUUCACAAGCAUGUGAGGAAUGCACACGUGUUUGUAUAUGGGCGUAUGUGUACGCACACCUCCGCGUGGGCGUCUGCAUACAGAUCUUUCCUCAUCUCUGCUUAUGGGUACUUGGACCAAGUGAAAAUUUGCGUCCUAAAAAUUUAUAAAACUACGGUAGAAAUUCUAAUAUAUCUCCCGUCCAUGUUGUAACCCUGUCCCAGGGUGCAGGUUUAAAGUUUGGUUUAAACUGUAUGUAUAAGAUUUUUAAUUAAUAUAAUGUGAGCAGGCCUCACGGAACUUUACAACUGAUUAUCUUGGGGGAUUUUGUAUCGUUUAAAGUUUUAUAUUAACACAGAAAACAGAAUGAUCCUACUCCCUCACUCCCCCCCUUAAACUUCACCUAAAUCCCGACACCGUGGCCACUGUAUUAGGUACACCUGCUCAUUAAUGCAAAUAUCUAAUCAGCCAAUUAUGUGGCAGCAACUCAAUGCAUAAGAGCAUGCAGACACGGUCAAGAGGUUCAGUUGUUGUUCAAACCAGACAUCAGAAUGGGGAAAAAAUGUGAUCUAAGUGACUUUGACUGUGGAAUACUUGUUGGUGCCAGAUGGGGUGGUU